UCAGUCUGCUCGCGAGGUUAUGAGUGUGCGGACGCAGAAUUGCUGAAGCCAAAUUCCGUCUCAAUUCCCUUUGAGUUUCUCACCUCAAUUGCGUGAUUCCCCCAACCACUGGACCCAUCCAGUGGACCCCCGGUAUCUGUGACCAAGUGUUUUGUGCUGUGAACCCCGUGAAUUGAGCCACCACACAAUGGCCACGGAUUCGCGAGAGGAUGGAAAAUUCCUCUGCCGGAAGAUGAUGGCCAGGUGCAGUGGACACUGCAAUGAGAAUCGCAACAGUGUUGUCCAGCCACUUCUCACAGAUCUCUACCAAAUAACCAUGGCCUAUGCUUAUUGGAAGUCCGGCAAGACGGAGGAUCAGAGUGUAUUUGAUCUUUUCUUCCGUACUAAUCCCUUCCAGGGGGAAUUUACAAUUUUUGCCGGCCUCGAGGAGUGCCUGAAAUUCCUGGAAAAUUUUCACUACUCCGAUGGAGAUAUUGAAUAUUUGAAGCAAACCCUUCCGGAUGGGAUUGAAGAUGAAUUCUUUGAGUAUUUGGGGCAGCUGACAGCCAAAGAUGUCGUUCUGCAUGCCAUUGAGGAAGGAUCAGUUGUUUUCCCGCGUGUUCCACUAAUCAAAGUCGAAGGACCUCUGAUUGUGGUUCAACUUCUCGAGACAACGCUCCUUACUCUCGUCAACUAUGCAAGUUUGAUGGCCACAAAUGCAGCACGCUAUCGAAUGGUGGCGGGAAAGAAUAUCAAGUUGCUGGAAUUUGGCCUAAGGCGAGCUCAAGGACCCGAUGGUGGACUCUCUGCAUCGAAAUACUCCUAUGUUGGUGGUUUCGAUGGGACAUCCAAUGUGUUGGCGGGAAAGUUAUUUGACAUUCCUGUUAAGGGAACACACGCUCAUGCCUACAUUACAUCCUUUACGGGUUUCAGUGAACUCAAGACAAGGACAUUGCGUCACAAAGUUACAGGUGUUCCACAGGACCUCCUGGAGUUGUCUAUUCGACACAGAGAAGCCCUUUCGGAUGUGCUGGACAUUAAUACAGAGGAAUCCAGUGAGGGUGAAUUAGCAGCAAUGGUUUCCUUUGCAAUUGCAUUCCCGGACGGAUUCAUGGCUCUUGUCGACACGUACGAUGUUAAGAGUGUUCAGAAUGGCGUGGAUAAGCUACAUCCGUUGAAUGGGGAGAUGAAUGGUCAUUCAGGACAUGGUGGUGCACAAUCGUCCGAUAUCAACUCGAAUAGCAUAAUGCCAAAUGUUGCCAUAGAAUGUAAUCAUAAGACUGAUGUCAAACCAAAGUUGACGUACAAUGGAGAUGAUGUAGAAUGUAAAUGUAGACAGCCUAGUGGUCAACUGGAGGAUCGUGGAGGAACGAGAUGUUGCUCAUCCAUGAGAAAUAGUAGGAAGAUUCUUGUAGGACAUGUUGUUUUAGGCAGAAACAGAAUGAAUCUGUUGACAAAUGUUGGGAAGUCAUUCAGGAGUGGUUUAUUGAACUUCUGUGCCGUAGCGCUGGCGCUAAAUGAUCAAGGAUACCGUGCUAUUGGGAUACGUAUUGAUUCUGGUGAUUUGGCGUAUCUCUCUUGUCUGGCGCGACAGACAUUUGAGCAGGUGUCGACACGCUUCCGCAUUCCAUGGUUCAAUACCUUAACUAUUGUUGCGUCCAAUGAUAUCAAUGAGGACACCAUCAUCAGCCUCAAUGAGCAAGGGCACAAAAUUGAUUGUUUUGGAAUUGGAACGCACUUGGUUACGUGCCAGAGACAACCAGCUUUGGGGUGCGUGUAUAAGCUUGUUGAGAUUAAUAAUCAGGCACGGAUAAAAUUGAGUCAGGACGUGGAGAAGGUGACAAUGCCGGGGAGUAAGAAUGCAUUUAGGCUGUUUGGAGCGGAUGGGCACGCUCUCAUUGAUCUCAUGCAGAAGGUGUCGGAGCCACCGCCGGAAGUGGGGCAGAAGGUGCUCUGUCGCCAUCCAUUCCAGGAGUCCAAGCGCGCCUAUGUGAUUCCCUCGCGUGUUGAGUGCCUCUACAAGGUGUACUGGUGCGAAGGUAGGGUCUGUCAGCCACUAUCUAGGCUCGAUCAGAUUCGCGAUCGUGUGCAAACAUCGCUCAAAGCCAUACGCAAUGAUCACAAGAGAACGCUCAAUCCUACACCGUACAAGGUUGCUGUGAGUGAUCAUCUGUACAAUUUCAUUCACGACCUAUGGCUUCAGAAUGCUCCAAUUGGGGAGUUAUCAUGAUAAAAGUGCAUACGUGGUGUGAUCACAGCUACGAGGAAGCGGAAAUGGUUGGCAUAAAAGGCAGAUGCUUGCAAUAAUUGUUAUUCUUCCCCCAUCACCCCCUCAUGGGUCAGUUUAGGCGCAUCAAAUGUGUGUAAAAAAAAAAAGAAAAUUUUCCGUUCCACCAACUACCCCCCAAAAGAAUUGUGCCUUUUUGUGUAUUGCCGGUAUGAAGAGAGAAUGGGUUUGAGAGACGUGAUAAUGUCAGCUGUGCUGAUUCCAUUAAUGGAAUAAGAAUCCCUUUUAGAAAGGAGGAAUCUUGUGUAGAUUCACAAAGAUGUUAUAUUUUCUUGUUUUUCAUUAAGAACUUGAGCUACUGCAAUGGCGGCUAAUGCACAACAGCGCCCCACGGCGUCACUGUGGCUGGUACGCAAAGUUAGCAAAUUGCAGAGCCUAAGUGAGAGACUCUUUCCUCUAUUAUAUUUGUAAAACCACGUACCUUUAUGUAAAAAUUUUGUUCGUGAAGGAAUAUCUUUUAAAUAGUCUUUACACCCAAAAGAGAUAGUUUGAGAGAACAAGAAAAAAAGCCCAUCUUCGUGGGUUUUAUUUAGGAGAAAGACACACUUACCUAAUUUUAAGAGCGGCAUUCAGUGUAAUUUUUUUUGUCACAAAUUUAUUGUUCUGUAGAGUGCAGAGAAAAUGUAAAAUUGUAGGAGGGAACUUUAGAGAGGAAUCAGCAGAAAUUUAGAUUCUUUCAAAGGAGAUUUUCUGUGUCCCUUCUCCGUAAAAAGUAAAUGCAUUAUAAAAUGAGAAAAAAAAUCUUGCCACGAACUUUAUUUCCACCACCCUCACACCCUCAAUAGCUGUAGCGCUGACGCAAUGUAACAUGUCCAUGUAAACAAUUUUGCGAGUACACAAAGUGGUUAAAAAAAAAAUGCAAGAACACCGUGUUUUGCCAGUUAAAAGGUGAUUUUUAGAGAGAAAUAAAUUAUUUUAGAAUGAACCUAGAAAA